AUGGCAGAUCAGGCCAUAAGAUGCAAAAAAUGGGUACUCGCCAAAAAGAUGAAAGGGAAGCCGACAUUGUCUCACUUUCGGUUAGAAGAGGAGGAUGUUUUGACCGAUCUACAGGACGGAGAAGUUCUUUGCGAAGCGGUGUAUAUUAGCGUCGAUCCCUAUAUGAAACCGUAUGCAGAGCGCUCACUCUCCGAGGGGGAUAUGAUGAUGGCUGAGCAGAUAGCGAGGGUUCUGAAGAGUAAAAAUCCACAGUUCCCUGUUCAGUCACUGGUGCUGGCAAAUGUAGGAUGGCGUACACUGACACGGGUAUCUGAUAUGACGUUACUUCGACAACUACCUGUCAUGGGGGAUCUUCCGGUUUCUAAUGCUCUUGGUAUGCUAGGACUUACAGGCCUUACAGCCUACUACGGUAUGACGAAUGUGUGUAAGCCAAAAUCAGGAGACAUUGUCGUCGUGACGUCGGCGGGAGGAGCAGUGGGUAGUGUCGCAGGUCAGAUGGCCAAAGCAGCGGGGUGUAAAGUGAUCGGAAUCUGUGGGAGCGAUGAAAAAAGUCGCUGGAUUACCGAGGAGCUGGGAAUGGAUGUCGCUAUUAAUUACAAAACUGAUGACGUCGGUGAAAAACUCAGGGAGACAGCGCCAAGCGGAGUGAACUGUUUCUUUGACAACGUCGGUGGUGAUCUGGCCGGGGCUGUGAUUUGUCAAAUGUCAGUCGGUGGACGUGCUGCUUUAUGCGGGGCUAUAUCACUUUAUUGUGAUGAUAUACACCAUCCCUCCCAAGGACUGUCCAUCUAUCGAGCUAUAGUUGCGAGACAGCUGACCGUACAAGGCUUCAACGUCAUCAAAUGGUUUAGUGACUGGGAUGUAGGAUACAAGGCUCUGUAUAGCUUAGUCAAAGAGGGAAAACUUCGGAGCAAGGAAUUGAUAUAUGAUGGAUUCGAUAAAGUACCGGAAGCAUUUUUGAAAUUGUUUCAAGGCGGAAACGUAGGAAAAAUAGUUGUCAAAAUCCAAGACUGAACGAGAUUUCAGCGAGAUUUCAGCGAGAUAUUAGGUAUAUGGUGUUUGAUAGUUGUACAUUUGCUGUCAGU